AUGGGAGAAGCCAUGACCGAAGCCGCUGCUGCCGCUGCCCCUGCCCCGCAAGUCGACGAGCCCAACACGGUCUCCGUGCACGUGGAAGGCCCGGGCGCCAAGGACGCCAUCAUGCUCGAGCAUGUGAGCCCGCUCGACACGGUCAUGACGCUGCGCCAAAUGAUCGCCGAGUUCCCGGUCUUGGCCCACCACACGUGCUACCACUUGGAGCUGCAGAUCCCCGAAGACCAAUGGAUUCCGCUCAACGACUUUAUCGAGUUUGGCGACUACCUCGCGGCGUGGGACGAGACGACGACGUCGUUCAACGUGCGCAUGAUCCACGACCGGUACGACGUCCGCAAGGUCCGCGCGCAGGUCCGCCGCUUCCGCGACAUCAUGGCCAACCCGCCGAUUCCGCAGUCGGCGACCGCGCUCGCGCCCAAGAAGACGAUCGAAGAGAAGAAGCUCACGCCCAAGCAAGAAACAGACAAGCAGCUCAAGCUCCUCAAGGACAUUCACAGCAAGCUUGAAGGCCUCGUCGUCCCCGUCGAGCCGUCGCUUGCGACCUUGUACCAGCCCGUUGCGCUGCAAGGCGCCAAGAAGGCCGCCGACGCGGAGAAGAAGGACCAGCCGAAAAAGUCCAAGGGCAAGAAGAAGGCCGAGGCCAAGGCCAGCAACAACGCGACGCCGGAGGAGACGCCGUUGGACGCGACGUUGCCCAAGUGCAUCGAGAGCAUCGUUGUCUCGGGCUUCAACCCGCCGCCGGGCCCGCGCAAGCUUGCCGGCGACCUCACGUACCUUGAAGUAACGCUCACGGACAAAUCGGUGCACCAGAUCACGGCGCACGUUGCGGGUUUCUACAUCAACAAGAGCUCCAAGACGUCGUUCGACCCGCGGCCCGCGGCGAGCCACCACCACUUGCUCCUUGACGUGCUCUCGGCGGCGUCGCCUCUCUUUGCCGCGCAGUACGCCAAGCUCCUCUCGACGGCGGCGGCGUGGGCGACGGCCGGUGCGUCGUCGGUCGAAGCCAUGGUGCAGGCCUCGGCCGGCGCGCAGUCGCUCGUCUGGACGACGCCGCUCAACGCAUCGGCCCACACGUUCGAUGCCAACCGCGCGCAGGACGACCUGAGCGUCGGCAUUGACGAGCGUGGCGUCAUCCGCGACUGGAACGAGGAGUACCAGUGCGCGCGUGAGCUCCCGAACGCGACGCUCCGCGAGCAAAUUGUGCGGUCCCGCGUGCUCUUCAAGAUCAUGGCUGAGUUUGCCGAAGCCGCGACCGCCGGUGCGAUCGCGAUCGUCGACGGCACGAUCCCGUCGAUCAACCCGAUGGACGACGAGUCGGCCUUUGUCUACGUGUACAACCACAUCUUCUUCUCGCGCGCGGUCGAGGGCCAGAAGCACGUGGCGACCGACGCCGACAACAACCACGAAAACGCGUACUCGUCGGCCAACCACGACCUGCAGGGCGUCAAGGCCUACAACGCCGCGGACGUCACGGGUCUCCACACGUUGGCGACCGUCGUUGUCGACUACCUCGGCGUGCGCAUCAUUGGCCAGAGCAUCAUUCCUGGCAUCCUCCAGGGCGAAGCGGCCUCCAAGCUCGUCUACGGCUCGGUCGACGGCGGCAAGACGAUCGCGUCGAACCCUGAGAUGCAUGCGAUGAUGCAAACGGCGGCGGAGACGCUCUUGAUUGCCGAGCGCACGGUCGCGCCGUCGGGCGGCAGCGACGAGGCGCCGUCCGGCGAGGCCGGGUCCGCGCCCGUCGCGCUCUGCGGCCCCGUCGAGGCCAAGGGCAUCCUCGGGUCGGACAACCGCCACUACAUUCUGGACCUUGUCCGCAUCACGCCCAAAGACUACACGUUCUACAACCCCGAGAGCGACACGGUGAACGAGGCGUCGCGCGCGUCGCUCCUUGCGGACGCGGACGCUGGCAAGUACACGGCGCUCCUCCGCCCCGAACUCGUGCAGCUCUACGCGCGCUGGAAGGCCAACCAAGCCAAGCAGGCGGCCAAGACGACUGAAACUGAGACCACGUCGGACGAAGCCAAGACGGACGAGGCCAAGGCGGACGAGGCCAAGACCGAAGACGAGGAAGCGGAGGCCGCCACGCUGCGCUUCAACACGAACGUGCUCAUGCCGUAUGCGUCGUCGACGGAUGCGACGCUUGCGGCGGAGGACGAGACGGUCGCCAAGGACGCGGCGGCGUACCUUCAGACGAUGGUGAUUCCGGCGUUCGUGGCGGAUCUGCGUCGCGGCGCCAUGUACCCGGUCGACGGCACGGCCUUGACCGACAUGCUCCACGCGUGCGGCAUCAACCUCCGGUACCUCGGCAAGAUCGCGUCGCUCUGCGCGAGCUUUGAGCCGCACGUGUCCAAGUACGUGGCCGAGAUCCUCGAAGUCGAGAUGAUUGCGCGCUCGCUCAAGCACAUUGUGUCGCAGCUCUUCUUGUCGCACCCGUCUCUGCGCACGACUCCCGGCAGCGUCCUCCUCCAGGUGCUCAACGCGCUCCUCGGCGCACCGCGCCCGACGACGACGACGACCCUUGACGACCUCACGGCCAACGUUGCGGCCUUGAGCCUCGCGCCGGACGCGAUCCCGGACCUCGAUGCGAGCUCGCUCUGGGCUCGCAUUUCGUCGGACGUCCAGACGCGCUUUGGCUACACGCUCCGCUUCUGGCCGGCCUCGGCGCCCAAGAAGGCCAAGAAGGGCAAGAAGGAGGCGACGCCGGAGCCCGUGCGCGCGCACAAGACGCCGCUCCUUCGCCGCGUGUGCCAGCGCCUCGGCUGGCAGGUUGCGAGUCGCCAGUACAACUUUGACGCCGAGUACCCGUUUGCGGCCGACGAUGUGACGGGCGUCGUGCCGGUCGUCAAGACGUCGGCGCCCGCGCAUGCGUUUGUGCAGGCCGCGACGCUCAUCGAGCGUGGCCGGUACCUCCUCUCGCAGGGCGUGCUUGCGCCGGCGUACGAGAUGCUCCAGGACGCCUCGUCGCUCCUCUACCAGGUGUGCGGUGGUAGCCACGAAGACGCGGCGCUUGUGUGCGCGUCGACGGCCACGGCGCUCUACCACGCGGGCGAUGUCCCGGGCGCGAUUGCGUCCCAGCGCCGCGCGCUUGGCCUCUACUCGCAGCUCAAGGGCCUCGACUACUACGACACGGCGUUCGCGCACGCCAACCUCGCGCUGUACAUGCACGCGAACGCCGAGACGGCGCAGGCGGUUGCGCACAUGACGCGGGCGAUCCAGAUCCUCGAGGUCGCGGCCGGCCCGCACUACCCGGAGACGAGCGUCCUCUACUACAAGCUCGGCAUGAUGUGCCAGGACGUGGGCCACGUGGCGCUGGCGCUCACGUGCCACCGCGAAGCGCUUCGCCGCGGCGAGCUCGACCGUCUCCAGGCCGCCGGGACGCUCCAUGCGAUGGCGAUGGCGUGCGUUCUUGUCGGCGGCUUCCGCGAGGCGCUCGCGUACGAGCAAAAGGUGCUGAGCCUCUACACGGAGGUGUUUGGCGAAGAGGACCCGCGCGUCGUCGAGUGCCACAAGUACAUUGAGACGUUCACGGAGCGCGCGGUCGCCGGUGCCAAGGGCCGGCAAGAGCUGGACGCGGCUGCGGCGGCCGACGCGAUGGCCGACGCGCUCGCCGAAGAGUGGGCUGUCGAGAUCCGCCGCGACGAGAAGAAGGCGACCAAGACGACGGCCAAGGCCAACAAGAAGAAGUAA